CAUUUUACAGGCAACUAUCCUCGGUUCGGGGGACGCUACCCCCGCGUCCAAACACCCACCUACCGAGUCUAUAGGAGACCCUGAGAGUGAGAGGUGAGAAGGAUCGAAGCAUGGAGAAGACUAGCGUACGAGUUCUGUGCCCUAAGCUCUUGAUCAUCAGAAACGUUUCGGGGCUCCAAUGGCUUAUCGGAUCCCCAUUUUUUCCUCAAUUCACCAUCGUCUCCACUCUCACAUGCAUUCACACUCUCGGCGACUCAACUUCUCCGGAUUACAACAAGGAAUCUGAGGAUCUUCGGACGUUGCUGUUGAGAGGAUUCCAUGUCAUUGGAGCAUUAGUUGUUGGAAGCAAAUGUGAUUUGGAGCGGGUUGCCGGUGAGGCCGCCGAUGCCUCACGCAGAAUGAGGAAGUUUCUCUACGGUGACGAAUAUGGAGGAAAAUUAGGAAAUCAAGAUUUGAUUGGGGCAGUUGCAGAUUCGGAAAGUGGGGAAAUUCACUUUUUCGUGUCAAGAGGGGAGAAUCCGGCUGGCCUUGAGUGCGUUAGUUCUGUUAUUUAUGAAGAUAACUCUGGAAAGUAUGUUUGGGAUACUGGUUGUCUACUCCAUUGUGUGCUUCCGAUUAAGUUGCCGUUCUACUUUCCGGUGAAUAGUCCGUCCGAUGCAGGAGAGAUGUAUCUGCGUGCAACUGAUGUGAUUAUUGCUAAGUUAAAAGAUUCGGAUGUCACGUAUAUGGUAGAAACAUUAAAUGAAACAUCUGUAGAAGCACCUGGGCCUGUCAUUCUUCAUGGUGCAAAAUUGGAUUUUCAUGCAGAUCUCUUUGAUGUCAAUCAAUUUGGUGACAGCAGUCAAGGAUCUGGUGCAAAGUCUUUUCCGUGCUCAUAUUUUUGUUCAAAAAAUAAAGCUGUCUUUUCUGUGGAGCAUGCAGAUAUAAUUCAAGUAAGUCUACUGCUUAAUAAGUCAAGAACUUCUUCAAAAUCUGCUGCACCUAUUGCAGAAUAUUUUCCAGCUUCAGAGCAAACCAAACUUUUGGUUGUAGAUUACAAGCUAGAAGUGCUUUGUUACGCAGCAAAGGAUCUUCCAGUGACUUAUGCAGUUUCCAAGUUAGUCGUCCCUGGCUUAGUUGACCAAUUAAAUUCAAUAAAGAACACAAUAUUGCCCAACCUCCUAACACAACAUCUUCAGCUACAUCCAUACCACUUCUGUCCUCCUGGGUUUUUGCAUCCAAUAACAGUUAUAUAUGAACUCAGUUAUGGGGAGACAGAAAUGAAGCAAGUUGAAGUUAGAAGAUCCCUACAUUCAAGGCUGGGAUUACCAUUUGAUCGUCCUCUCCUACGAAUUGCUAAUGCCCUAAAUUUAUCUACAACCAAAGAUAGUGCAAAGAGCAAUUCAAUAAGAAAGGGUUCUUCUUUGCUUAGAGAUGUACAUGUUGGGAUUCCAAGCAGUGGGGUUUCUGGAGGUGUUGUCUCUUUGGUUCAGGGUUCUUAUGAAUACUAUCAUUACCUUCAAGAUGGCUUUGAUGAUUCGGGCUGGGGUUGUGCUUACCGUUCACUGCAAACCAUUGUUUCUUGGUUCAGAUGCCAACACUACUCAUCCAUUGAGGUUCCUUCACACCGGGAAAUACAACAGGCUCUUGUGGAGAUUGGAGAUAAGGAUCCUUCUUUUGUCGGUUCACGUGAAUGGAUUGGUGCCAUUGAAUUAAGCUUUGUUUUGGACAAACUUCUGGGUGUCAGUUGCAAAGUCAUAAAUGUAAGAUCUGGAGCUGAGCUUCCUGAAAAAUGUCGAGAACUGGCUUUGCAUUUUGAGAACCAAGGAACACCCAUCAUGAUUGGUGGUGGUGUUCUUGCAUAUACCCUGCUGGGAGUUGAUUACAAUGAAUCCAGUGGAGAUUGUGCAUUUCUGAUUCUUGACCCCCACUACACUGGCAACGAUGAUCUGAAGAAGAUUGUGAACGGUGGUUGGUGUGGGUGGAAAAAAGCCGUCGAUAGCCGGGGCAAGAAUUUCUUCUUACAUGAUAAGUUUUACAAUCUACUACUUCCACAGAGGCCCAACAUGGUUUAACUAUUCCAGUUUAAGAAUGUGAACCAGCAUCUUUACUUUCUGAACCCCUCUAGAUAGGAAAGAGCCAUCUAUUCUCACCAAGCUACUCUCAAUGAAGAAUGCCGGAUUCAAGUCAAAGUGAGGGUAAAAUCUAGAACACCCGAUCAUAUACACCUACUCAACUACCCAGCAGACGAUCGAAUUUUGUUUUUAAACCCUUUUUUUUUUUUUUUUUUAAAUCUCUACUCCUUUGUCUUUUUAUUUUCUUUUCUUUUAUUUUUUUAUUUUCUUAUCCUUGAAUUAUUACUACCGUAGUAAAAUUUAUACAACAAAAGUUACUUCAAAAA